CACAGGGAGCCCUCCAGGAAAUCCCCUUCUAGUGUUUAGUCCACACACAUGAAUCUUCCCCAAAGUUGGGCGAGUGUCCUGACCUGCUCUACAUUCCUGUUGCGUCUCUGACAUGGAGGAAAUGCUGUCCUUCUGGGAUGUGGCCAUUGAGUUCUCUGCAGAAGAGAGGGACUGUCUGGAGCCUGCUCAGUGGAAUUUGUACAGGGAUGUGAUGUUGGAGAAUUACAGCCACCUUGUGUUCCUUGGUCUUACUGUGUCAAAGCCACACCUAGUGACGUUUUUGGAACAAAGACAAGAAUCUUCAUAUGUGAAGAGACAAGCAGCAGCCAACGUGCAUCCAGGAACAACACCCAAUGAUUAUAACAUGUACAACAAAUCCAUUGAUUGUAACCCACUGCAUAUUCAACGCCAGAGAAUUCAUACAAGGGAGAAACUCUACAAGUGUGAAGAAUGUGGAAAGGGCCUAAGUUCUCAUAAAACACUUUCCAUACACAAGAGACUUCAUACUGGAGAAAAACCCUAUAUGUGUAUAAAAUGUCAUAAAACUUUUAAUACUCGCGCAUCACUUUUUAUACACCAGAAAAAUCAUACUGAUGAAAAAUCCUACAAGUGUGAGGAAUGUGGCAAAUUAUUUUACUAUCCUUCAAUGCUGAAGCAACAUCAAAGAAUUCAUUCUGGAGAGAAACCCUACAAGUGUGAAAAAUGUGGCAAAGCUUUUUAUGAGCUAUCAUUCCUUCAGGUGCAUCAGCGAAUUCAUUCUGGAGAGAAACCCUACAAGUGUGAAGAAUGUGGCAAAGCUUUUUAUGAACCAUCAUUCCUUCAGGUACAUCAGCAAAUUCAUACUGCAGAGAAAUCCUACAAGUGUGAAGAGUGUGGCAAAAGGUUUUCUUACUUUGCACACCUUAAGCAGCAUCAGACAGUCCACACUGGAGAGAAAUCAUACAAGUGUGAAGAGUGUGGUAAGUGUUUUUCCUUAUCUUCAUCCCUUAGACGACAUCAAACAAUUCACUGGGAAGACAAUCCCUACAAGUGUGAAGAGUGUGGCAGAUGCUUUUACUCAUCUUUAUCCCUUAGAGGACAUAAAAAAAUUCAUUCUGAAGACAAUCCUUAUAUGUGUGUAGAAUGUGGCAAACGGUUUUCCUGUUCUAGGCAUCUUCAGGAACAUCGAACAGUUCAUACUGGAGAGAAACCAUACAAGUGUGAAGAGUGUGGUAAAUGUUUUACCUUAUCUUCAUCCCUUAGACGACAUCAAAUAAUUCACUGGGAAAACAACCCCUACAAGUGUGAAGAGUGUGGCAGAUGUUUUUACUCAUCUUUAUCCCUUAGAGGACAUAAAAAAAUCCAUUCUGAAGACAAUCCUUAUAUGUGUGUACAAUGUGGCAAACGAUAUUCCUCUUCUAGGGAUCUUCAGGAACAUCAAACACUUCAUACUGGAGAGAAACUAUACAAGUGUGAAGAGUGUGGCAAAGCCUUUCGGUAUCACUCAGGCUUUAUGAAACACAAGAGAGUUCAUACAGGAGAGAAAUCCUAAAACUGUCUUAAGUUUACUUCUUCAACACUUAAAACACAUCAAAUAAUUCAUUCUGACUACAAACUCCAUGAGUGUGUGAAGUGUGGUAAAAUCUUUGCUAACGAUUCAGGUCUUAUCUAACUCUAAUGAAUCCAUAGUGGAGAAUAUUAAGUUAAUUAUUUUGGAAUGUUAACAUGAACAUCUAACUUCCAAGAGCACAAAUGCUAAGAAUGUCACCAGAGAAAAUUAUAGGCGUCUCUUUGUUGUAACCCCCAUCAGUUUGUUCAAGCAAUAUGUUUGAAAUUUGCCUUGAUUAAUGAGUCUCUUUCUUCUGUAACUAUAAAUGUUCCACGAAACCUUUA